ACACGCAAAAUGAAUCGAAAAUCCUCUCCUGAUGGAUGUGUACGUUGGAAUGCUGGUCCCACCCACCUCCGUGUACAUCCAUCCCGCAUUCUGCAUACCUGAUUCUUUCUUGAUUCCAUCAUAGUCCCUUCUAAUAAUCAGUCAUUCGUACAAAUACACAGAGAUACUGAGAUAGUUAACUCAAUUGGAAAGAGAGAGAGAGAGAGAAGAAGAGACGCAGAACGGCAGAAGUAGUAUAGGAGAACUACCGAAGUGUGACGGAACGUUGUUGAUCGGAGGCGAGAGAGAAACAGCGAUACAAUACAGCAUAGAGAGCGAAAUGAGCAGGAAGGUCCACGGAAGCCACACGCGGAUAGGAAAAUACGAGAUCGGGAAAACGCUUGGGGAGGGCAGCUUCGCCAAGGUGAAGUUUGCCAAAAAUGUCGACACUGGCGAUAGCGUUGCAAUCAAGGUCCUCGACAAGGUUCAGGUCCUCCGCCAUAAGAUGGUCGAACAGAUUAAAAGAGAAAUUUCAACCAUGAAGUUGAUCAAGCAUCCAAAUGUAAUCAAGCUUUACGAGGUGAUGGCAAGCAAGACCAAGAUAUACAUUGUGCUUGAAUUUGUUGAUGGAGGCGAGCUGUUUGACAAAAUAGUCAAUAAUGGGAGACUUAAGGAGGAUGAAGCUAGGAGAUACUUCCAACAGCUCAUUAAUGCUGUGGAUUACUGCCAUAGUAGGGGGGUUUACCAUAGAGAUUUGAAGCCUGAGAAUUUACUUCUGGAUUCAUAUGGUGUUCUUAAAGUAUCAGACUUUGGAUUGAGUGCACUGUCACAACAAGUACGGGAAGAUGGGCUGCUACACACUGCCUGCGGAACCCCAAAUUAUGUUGCUCCUGAGGUGCUUAAGGAUAAAGGUUAUGAUGGUACAACAGCUGAUAUAUGGUCAUGUGGUGUCAUUCUUUUUGUUCUUAUGGCUGGUUACUUGCCUUUUGAUGAGUCAAACCUUAUAGCUUUGUAUGAAAAGAUUUUUAGGGCUGAUUUUACAUGUCCUUCAUGGUUUUCUUCCAGUGCAAAGAAACUGAUCAAACGUAUUCUUGACCCAAAUCCUCUCACAAGGAUAACAAUUCCAGAAAUUUUAGAAAAUGAAUGGUUUAAGAAAGGGUACAGGCCACCAGAUUUUGAAAGUGAGGAAGAUGUGAACCUUGAUGAUGUUAAUGCUGUUUUUAAUGAAUCCGAGGAAUACCUUGUAACAGAAAAGAAAGAAAAACCAGUAUCUAUGAAUGCUUUUGAGCUUAUCUCUAGGUCACGGGGUUUUAGUCUUGAGAAUUUAUUUGAGAAACAAAUGGGUCUUGUGAAGCGAGAAACGCAGUUUACAUCUCAAUUCCCGGCAAAUGAAAUCAUGUCCAAAAUUGAGGAAACUGCAAAGCCUCUUGGUUUCAAUGUGCACAAGCAAAACUACAAGAUAAAGUUGCGAGGUGACAAAACUGGAAGAAAGGGCCGUCUCUCAGUUGCUACAGAGGUAUUUGAAGUGGCUCCUUCACUGCAUCUUGUGGAGCUCCGAAAGACCGGAGGUGAUACCUUGGAGUUUUAUAAGUUCUACAAAAGCUUCUCAUCAGGAUUAAAAGAUGUAGUCUGGAAAUCUGAAGCAAUCACAGAAGACGCAAGUGGAUAACAACUAAAGCUAAAU